UAUUCACUCAACUCCCUCCUUCCACCGAAGUGCGUCACACAAAGCAGAGACCGCCGUCUGGUCACGACGGGAAGGAGACAUGCUGAGCCACUUCCUAAUGUCGUGUUUUUAAUAACGUCUCAGUAAAUGUACUGGUAAAAGUAGACUCCUGUCGAAACUUGGACGAACGGUAAAACCAUACCAAAAUGUCGGCGAAUGAUUUUCAGACGAAGUACUCUUCUGUCAUGGAGAGCAUGCUCAAUGCUGCAAUUGCAGAGACUACGAAACUUUUCGAAACUAUGGUCGAUGAGCUGAAGGCAGAACUAUCCAAAAUCAAGAAGGAGAACGAGGAGCUCAAAACAAGAUGCUGCCAGUUUGAGAAAGCGAGAAACCAACCGACUGUUUGUAACGUUACCAGAGAAAGUGAGCAUCUUCCAGGGCCUAGCGACGGCUCCGAGAGACGUGACCGAGCGAUUCAAUGUGACCUUGUUCCUUUCCGCACGGUGCUAGUGGAGCAAUGUCAACCUUUGAGGCCCCAGGAGAUGGAGUACAGUUUGCAGGACCACAACUAUGGAGAGGGAACUACUCAAAUGGCCUUCAUAGUUGUCAAACAAGAGGACUCUUAUGAUGAUUCUUCUCCGCAGUCUGUUGUAAAGCAAGAGGAAGUUCAGGCCACUGCGGUUUGCGGGCUAGUCUUGAGCGAUAAAGCAGAUUCACCACAGGCCUCUGUUUGUGGAGCUGAAAAUGAAGGGCCUCUCCUUAACCAGGAAUGUUCAACUGGAAAGAUACCCAUGCCUCAAAAAGAUGUAGAGACCCCAGUGGCCCUGGAACUAUCCUUUUUGGGAAUUGAUAGCAGUCUACAAGGAGCCCAGAACCAAUCUUCUGAAUUGAUGCCUUCACUAGUCAUUUCACUUGCUUCAAUAAACGACAAUAUGGAAGAAGAGUAUGGAGUCAGUCAGAAGUUCUCAGAAACACAGGGAGAAGUCAUAGCAUCUAAAAAACACUCAGUAGUGGUUGCUCAGCAUCAAUCAGAGGCUGAGAGACCCCUUGAGAGAGAGAAACCAUCAGUGGUCCCCCAACGAUGUCAAAGAGAGGGGAAAACGUCCGUAAAUGAACAGGAUGACGUUACUCUGCAAUCUACAGGGCAAUGUUUGGAACAACGUACACGACUCGAUAAAGAAAAAGCAUGUGAAAAAUUAAAAAGUUGCGUGGCAGAAGGUGAGGUUAGUCCCCAGCCUGAGUUGUCAGGACAAGGUAGAAGAGGACGGCCGCCAAAUAAAUCUAAACGUCUGCAACGGCCAGUGAACGAAACUGGAUCGCCGGCUGUUUCAGUAGCAUCUUUAAGUAAAAACUGUUCCUCUAAAAAGAAAAAGACAUCUGAAUCUCAACAACUUUCUAUUGAAAAGGAAAAAGGGACAAUUCAUACUCCAUCCACUGAAGUUUUAUCUGCAAGUAAAACAUUAAACACUCCAACAGGUCAGCCCAGAGAACGCCGCAGUUCUGUAACUCUUCAGGAUGCAAUGCUAUUAGUUGAAGCCAUGAAUCAGUCAACGGUAGAUAUGGCGGUACCACUUAAAACCCAGUGUGCUCCCCAUGUGGUUACCUUACAAACUGUGGACGAGGUCCCAGCUGAGCCACAGACCCCACCACUUCCUCUUGACACUCAUAAAGCUGCGGAAAAACUUAGUGACACUCCAGUGACUACAGAUGCCACUCCAACCAAUGAAGCUCAGGUCCACAACAAUGUUGUCAUACCAAAACAACAGCAUAAGGUCACUCCAUCCCACACUGCUACAUCUUUAAGGUCCUCAUCAACUGUUGCCAUUCAAACAAGUGUGCGGUCACUUCAGCAGCACCCUCCCUGUCUUCUGAGAACAUCGGUAGCAUCCAGCAAACUGGCUAUGGCAGUAUCUCGUAAAAUAAUCCUAGUGCCAAGAUCAGUAUCCUUAUCAAAACGGCAUGAAAUGGCAGCUCGGUGUCCAACCCAGCUUCCUACUGUUUUGUCAAAAGUUAUUGCUGCACAGAGUAUACUCCCAGGCUCUACAACUGCAGGCUUGCCUCUCGGAUCACCUUCCGUUUCCUCUGUUCCUCAGAAAACAAUAUACAUAACGUCCUUGAAAUCGGUUCCUGUUGUUGCUUCACAUUCGACCGCCACCUCAACAGACCCACAGUCAGAGAUCCUACAACACUCAAAAAUAACAAUUAUAAUUCCAAGACAGGUGUCUGCUGUGACAUCAAGGAAACAUCAGUCACAGACCACUGUUCUGAACACCAAGCAGGGGUCAGCCAAAUCAGCUGCUCCUGUUAAGGUGACAACGCCGCAGUUGAUUUCUUCAUCACAUGAGUUAAGCGUUUCUGUGGAUAUACAAACGGCUUCCGAUGUAGUGGCCACAAUGUCUCAAAAGAAGGAUAAAACAUCAGACCCGAACUUGGAAUCUCCCAAACAAACAGACUCUGUUUCUGAACCAAUAAAUGCACCUACCAAAAACUGUUCCUGUUCAAACUCUGCGUCUCCAGCGCUACCUCCAACUGCAGAGCAAAAACUCUCUGCUGUGGUAAGAUUAACCAGGCUCCCUUUUACAGUAUCAGCCAAAGAAGCAGUCUUGGUCUCAAGAACGCCUACAGAUGGAUCUACUGAAACUCAAUUCAUUUCAAAAGAAGCUCUGCCUCUGAAUACCUCUCAGAUGUUAGAAGAGCCAAAUGAUAUUCAAGAGAAGGCAUCAUUAUCCUCUGAAUACUGCACAAUUUUGGAAGAUUCACCCAACAGUGGGCUAUCUACAACAUUCAAGGUGUCGGCACCAGUCUUUGAGAACUCAACAAUAGCCAUCAACACGACUGAGCCUCCAGCUGUAUCUGUUACAACUGGUGAAGCUACUACUAAUUUGGAUGAGGAAUAUAUCAACAUUGCAGUGGAAGCUUGUGCGUCAGCUAAUGGGCCACAAAUAGAAGAGAAACAAUCAGCUUCACUCAUACAUCUAACCCCCAUCACCACCAAGGACACAUCUGAUCCUCAUUCACUGAUGACUAAAGCCCAGUUCCUGGCGCAGCUGGCAGUGACACCUGUUACGCAAGACCCAACAAAGGCAUCCUAUAAUGACGCUGUAGAUGUCACACCUUUAUGUGCAGAGACCAGCACCAGUGACAAGAAAAGGUUACAAACAAAAUCCAUUGUGGCCAAACUCCGAAGCCAUCUCAAAACUCGCUUGCAAGCUAGAAGAACUAAAACAAAUCCAUGCACAGAAACCAACACCCGCACUGUACACCCUAAAAACCGUAGCUUAAAGAAUGACAGUCCAAAGGAUAAAAACACAACUGGAGAAUAUAUUCCUCUCAGCCCAAAAAACCCAGCAGCGGUUAAAGAUGUUACUUCUCCAAAAAAGAAAACUAAUGACCCUACUUCCAUUCGUCCCAGGAUAUCUGGACUAGGUAAAGCUGGUAUUGGACUCAAGAGGACUGUUAGUGAACCAACUACUGUCAGUUCUAAGAGGUUUAAGGCUUCUCCUAGGAGGUCUAGUACAGGUCCAGAUGGUGUAGGCUCCAAAACUAAAAAAUCCACUUCUGUGAGGCCUAGCUUAAUUAAAACGGCUACUCCUAAAAAGACAAAAUCCACUUCUGUGAGCCCUAGGAGGUCUAGCUCCAUUAAAGAAAGUGCUAGCCCUAAAAAUACAAAAUCCACUUCUGUGAGAUCUAGCUCAAUUAAAGAAAGUGCUAGCUCUAAAAAGACCAAAAUCAUUUCUGUGCGUCCUGGGAGGAUUAGUUCAAUUAGAGAUGGUGCUAGCCCAAAAAGUACUAACACCACUUCUGUGGGCCCUAAGAGGAAUAAUUUAAGUAAAACUGGUACUAGCCCUAAAGUGUCUUUCAAGGAAUCGCCUUCUUUCUGCCGUAGGAGGUGUACCUUGCCUAAAGAUGUUUUAAGCAGUGCACAGAUUAAAAGGGAAUCCAAUUCCUUCAGUCCUAGGUAUAGCAUUACUGCGGAGGAUGCUAGUGAUAAAAUCGCUAAGAUUGGAACUGGCUCCCCAAGUGUUAGGUGGCCUAAAUUGGUUAAAAAUGGUGUCAAACCUAGAAAGACAAGGGAAUCCACUCUUGUUAAGAAAGCCAGAUUAAGUCAAGAUGGUUCUGGUCCUAAAAAUAAUUUAAGAGUGGUGAAUGCUAAGAAGUUGGCAAGAGCAGCAAAAGCCAAAACGAUAGCAAAAAUGAGAAAUUCUAGUCAAUCAAAAUUGCAGAAUGGAGCUAAAACAAGCCAGUUAGCAGAAAAUCGUGAGGUGGUGAGAAAAUGUAUCACUAAAGCUGUUUGGACUCCUACUAGAAUGUCGGCCAGUAGAACGCCUCCAGCAGGGGGGAAGAAAGAGACGAGAUCCCCUGAUCAGCCACUAGUUUUCCCCCCAAGUGUUUCUCUCUUCCCCAUACCUGUCAAAGGACCACCUGUUGUAUCACCAUUGCAGCCUUUAUCAGUCAUUGGUAGGCGUCUGCUCAAGAACCAGUGUGGGGAGUGCGGCCGCGUCCUCAGCAGCAUUGCUGCCCUGGAAAGCCAUGUUCGUCUCCACACAGGUCGCCGACCUUUCUCGUGCACUCUCUGUGGUAAGAGCUUCACAGACUCCAAAGGUCUCAAACGGCAUGGCCGGGUGCACCGCAAUGGUAGGAUCCAUGUCUGUCAGCAGUGCGGGAAGGGCUUUGUCUAUCGUUUUGGCCUCACCAAACACCUCCAGAUGGUGCACAGGAGGAUUAAACCUUUUAUCUGCCAAAUCUGCCACAAGGGGUUCUUCACAAAACGAGAUGUGGAAGCCCACAUACGGAUGCACACGGGAGAGAAACCAUUCCAUUGCAACCUCUGUGAAAAAAAAUUUGCAAGGAGGGUCGAACUAAAUGUGCAUUUAAGGUGGCAUAAUGGGGAGAAGAGACACUGGUGCCCAUACUGUGGAAAAGGAUUUUUAGACUUCAACAACCUGAAAAGGCACAAGUAUAUCCACACGGGAGAGAAACCACAUUCCUGCCCUCACUGUCCCAAGAACUUCACGCAGUCGGGCCAUCUGAAAAAGCAUGUUAAAAAUGUUCAUAAAAUCCCAUGAGAGAUGGACAUCGAUGAAGCCACCCUGUUUCACUGAGAAUGUUAAUGUCUUUUAUAAUGACCGAUGUAAUGUCUUGCCAGAGUAUUUAGUGCGAAAGGGAGCAGUUUACUUUUUUCUUUGAUUGAAUGUAUUUGUAAAUCAAACGCAAAUGGAGAAUUUCGAUCUUUUUUUAUGCUGUGUUCAUCAGAGGAGGAUUUAUUUUUAUUGUAUUUUAUGAAGACUUAAAGGUUUAGUUAUUUAAAAAAAAAAAAAAAAGCUAUUGCUUUAUUGCCAAGAGUUGAGUUUAGAUUAAUAACUUAUUUUAAUUAAUAAUGUCCUUUUUUCUAUUUAUUUUUUUAUUGAACAAGUGAUAUCACAAGACUUGCAAGCUUACAUCAGAGCCAGUUUUAAAACAUUGGGGCUGCCUUCCAAAUCCCAUACUUUUUCUUUUUACUUUUAGUACGUACUGCAGCUGCCCUACAUACCAUGUACUGUUGCAUAAAGUAUGCAUACAAUUAGGACAUACUACUUCGUCAUAACAUUGCACCUUGAACUUUGACCCUUUUUGCUCAUAGCUCCCGCGCAAAGGAUUGUGGGUCACUAUAGCCAGAAAAAGCAUGCUGCCUUGCAUACUGCAAAAUGCAGAAGGACAUCCUGGUAUUUUUGGCAUAUUGCAUUUGACAUACUAUGUAUUGGGACAAACUAAAUAUUUGUUUUGCAUACUGAAUAGUAUGGUAGUAUGGGUAUUAGAACGCACAGUGGGUAUCUCUUACAAAAUGCCCUGAUUUCGAUAACGAUUUAAAACAAAUCAAGAUACUGCAAACAUCUGCAUGUUAAGCCGUCAUACAUUUUAUUUUAAUCCGCCUCACAUUUUAUUCUAUUGGUUCAUCACAAAUAAACCGUCAGUUUUACCAAAAUCUCAGCAGAUAUGUUAAAAUAUCUUGCUGUUUUGAUAUCACUUGAAUUUAUUUUAUUAUUUAUUGAAUUUAUUUUUAUUUUUUAUUAUUUCUAAGGCUACCAAAUUAAAAAUGGUUGCAUAUACCAAAUAUCAAGAAGUAUUUGAAGGCUCCUUUUCCACUGUUGUUGCAAGACUUAACUGACAUUCUGACAGCUGUUAGUGUGAUUUUGGAACAUUUGGUAAAUGUAUAAAAAAAAGAAUGACUGACUUUAUUGUCUUUUAUUGCAUUGCGCUUCACUGCUGUUGUUACGAAAAUAGCAAUAAGGGUUAAUAUUGUACAGCUUGUGCAAUAAUUUACCACCACAGACAAGAAUUAUAAAGAUGUCACACUGGACAUAAGGAGAAUUUCACCAUGAAUGUUUUUGCAGUCUGUGUUUAAUCUUCGAAAAGCAAAUGAAUGUAUGGUCACGAUCGUCACACAGCUCGGUAUGAGCAGAAAUGUUUCACUCGACAACACAUGUUUGGUGUAAGCAAGGAUGUGUCGCUGCCCCACAAGCAAUGAAGCACUUGAGCGCCGCUUUAGCCGACAGCUGUGUCCAAAGUUGAGCAGAUUAAAGUCUGAUUUAAACUGAAAUUCAACCUUUUUCUUUUGUAUUGCCAUUGUGUUCAACAUUGUGCCGUAGUCCAAAAGACAGAUUCAAUGUCAUAUUUUUGGUAAAUCCCCCCCCCACCCCCGAAAGACGUGAUUGAAGCUUGUUUUUCAUUUUCUCAAAGUGCUAACUAUCCUUGAAUAAUUCCUAGACGACGUUGAUCCAUCCGUCUUUUCGAACUCUAAACCUCAUGUAAGAAUUCCUACAUAUUCUUGAUUUACAUUUAUUUGAUUGCUAUGUAUAUUUUCUUGGUCCUGUCAUUUGAUAAAGCAGCUAAUAAAUGUAGAGGUCACCUACUGAAC